GAGAAAAAGAAGAAGAACAUAGAGACAAGACUUGUCUAAGGGUCAAGUGUGGUUAGGUUAGGCCUUAAUAUUGUUAAUUUUCUAAAACGUGAUAUAAACAUUACCGACUUUUCAAACCCAUUGUACAAGUAUUGACUAAAGGAAUAAAAAUGGGGUUUCCUAAAACCAAGAGAAAACCAUUACCAAAAGAAGUUGUAAAACAAAAAUUAAGAGAGAAGAAAAAGUUAUCAAAACAGUUACUCAAAGAAAAGAGAGCUCGUUUAUUAAUUAAAAACCUAUCAUUUCAAGUAACAGAAGAAAAUUUGAAAGAAUAUUUUGAAAAAUAUGGAGAAGUACUUAAUGUUAAUUUGUUGAAAAGACCUGAUGGCAAAUUAGUAGGUUGUGGCUUUGUACAAUUCAAGUUGGUACAAAAAGCAGCCAAGGCAAAACACCAUACGAAUGGAAAAGAGUUUUUAGGAAGAGUAAUUUCAGUUGACUUUGCUAAGGCUAAAAACAAACAUCAAAAAGAUAUUGCAGAAGUGAAAAAAAUUGAACCAUCUGAAGGAGUAGAAAUCAAGGAAGAAGAUGAUACAGAUCAUAUUAAGAUAGAGGAAAAUGAUACUGAUGAAAAUAGUGACAGUAAGAUGGAAGUAAUUAGUGAUAAUGACGAAGAAUGUGUGGGGAGUAGUGAUGAAUUGGAAGAUGAAAAUGAUGUCGAAGAAGUCCCAGAAACUUCAAAUGAAAGAAGGCCACAUAUAAUAUCAAAUGAUGUUAGUGAAGAGAAGACUGUUUUUGUUAAGAAUGUACCAUUUGAUGCCACUAAUGAAAAUCUGAAACAAUGCAUGCUUCAAUUUGGACCUGUUUAUUAUGCUUUAGUGUGUAUAGACAAACUCACAGAACACUCCAAAGGUACAGCAUUUGUGAAAUUUGUUAAUAAGGAAGAUGCCGAUAAGGCUUUGAAUGCAGGUACAGAGUUAACGCUACUUGGUAAUAUAUUGGAUUGUCAUCCAGCUCUCAAUCGAAAUGAUGUUCAGAAGAAAAUUCUUGACAAGAAACAAAGCAAAAGUGAACCAAAGGACUCAAGAAAUUUAUAUCUUGUUAAAGAAGGAGUUAUAUUAGCUGGAAGUAAAGCUGCCCAGGGUGUAUCAGCUACUGAUAUGGCAAAGAGACUGCAAAUAGAACAAUACAAAACCCAAAUGUUGCGAAACUUGAAUAUGUUCAUAUCAAGAGAAAGAAUUGUUGUACAUAACCUACCAGCAACUUGGGAUGACAAAAAAUUUCGGACAUUGUUACAAAAAUACAGUGGGCCAGGCGCUGUGAUCAAAGAGGCUCGAAUUAUGAGAGAUAUGAAAAACUUGGAUGCACACGGUGUAGGAAAAUCCAAAGAAUAUGGCUUUGCCACAUUUACAAAGCACGAAAAUGCAUUAGCUGCAUUAAGGAACUUGAAUAACAAUCCGGAAAUAUUCUCAUCUCACCGAAGGCCCAUCAUAGCAUUCAGCAUUGAAAAUAAAGCAAUGAUUGUUGCUAGACAGAAGCGAUUGGAAAAGUCAAAGAUGAAUAAUCCAUCAAUUAGAAGCUUCAAGAAGGAGAAGAUAGAUAGUGAACCUAAAAAAACACAAGGAAAGAUCAGCAGAAAAUAUAAACCUCAUAAAAACAAAAAAGAACAGCUCAGGGAUGAUAACAUUCCAGAAUUUUCUGGAAUUGCCUCUAAACCAGGGGUAAGGGAUAAAAUGAGAAGCAGAUAUAAGCUGCAGACCCAAGCAAAGUUGCAUUUUGAGAAUUUGAAGAAGGAGAAAAAGAAGCAGAAGAAUGCAAAGAAGACUUUAGUGGAAAAGAAGAAAGAAUUCAUUAAGCAGCCCAAACAGAAAAUAAAUAAGGUUAAGGAAAGUGAUUCUUUCUCAAAGUUAGUUAACGAAUAUAAGAAAAAAUUAGUUGAUCCAACCAUAUCCUAUAAGUCAAAAUGGUAUCAGUGAUCUUGAAUAAAAAUGUUAAUUUUGAA